GUCACAUCUUCCAAGACGUCGGUCGCCCCGACAGAAAUCAAGGAGGAACUGGACGACGACAAGAAUCGCUUUCACAUGAUGCUCUCCAACCCGGACUUUAACACCGUCAUCGACUUGGAUCCUACUCCACCGUCACCACCUCCAGCCAAGCGGCCACGCUCUACGACAACGGACGAGACUAUGAAUGAUGACAACGAGAUGGAUAUCGCAGAGGAGAUUCUUCCUCGUGUCGGUGUGAAUCCGGAAGAUUAA